UCCGCCCCUCCGCCCCCCUCCCUGCCUCCCAUCACCCUUCCAGCCCUCGCAACUUUUCUUUUUUUUUUCGACUUGUUGAAGUAAGUGCGGUCCGAGGCGCGAGCUGCAUUCAUUACGCCGCCGCUGCUGCUGCUGCUGCUGCAAGAGAGAGAGAGAGCGAAGCAAAACGCACACGAAAAGAAAAAGAAAGAUGAGGUGUGCAUCCGCAUCCGCGUCCUGCUGGAGGAUGCUCCGACUGGCGGCGACGUUGGCGCUCGUGUCGGCGUGCACGGCGUCGGAGUACGAGUACCUCAACUGGAAGUCGGACGUGUACGCCGGCGGGCCCAGCUACGGCAAGCCGCCCCAGUGCGUGGACAUCCCGGAGGACCUGCGGCUCUGCCACAACGUGGGCUACAGCCAGAUGCUGCUGCCCAACCUGCUGGAGCACGAGACCAUGGCGGAGGUGAAGCAGCAGGCCAGCAGCUGGGUGCCCCUGGUGCACAAGAACUGCCACCCGGGCACGCAGGUCCUGCUGUGCUCGCUGUUCGCGCCCGUGUGCCUCGAGCGGCCCAUCUACCCGUGCCGCUGGCUGUGCGAGGCCGUGCGCGACGGCUGCAUCCCCAUCAUGGAGGCGUUCGGCUUCCCGUGGCCGGAUAUGCUCACGUGCGACAAGUUCCCCCAGGACGACGUGUGCAUCGCGAUGACGCAUCCCAAUUCCACCGCGGCCACCGAGCCGACAGGUUUCUCUCCCGUCUGCCCGCCAUGUGACAACGAAAUGAAGACCGACGCCAUGCUCGAGCACAUGUGUGCCAGCGAGUUCGCUUUCAAGACCAAGAUCAAGGAGGUGGCGAGAGAAAACAUGGACCGCAAGGUGAUUCUGCAGAAGCGGAAAAAGAUGUUGAAAGAGGGCAACCUGAAGAAGAAGGACAUGAAGUCGCUGGUGCUGUACCUGAAGAAUGGCGCCGACUGCCCCUGCCAGCAGCUGGACAACCUGGGGAACCAGUACCUGAUCAUGGGCCGCAAAGUGGAUAAGCAGUACCUCCUCACGGGCAUCCACAAGUGGGACAAGUCCAGCAAAGAGUUCAAAAAGGCCAUCAAGAAACUCAAAACCUACAAAUGCCCCGCCUUUGAGAAUGUUUUCAAAUAAAACGCACCCCUCUUCCCCCACUUUUGGUCACAUCUCAUCCUACAUAUGAACUUGCACACGCAUUCAAAAUCCCAAACUUUGCUUUCUAUUUUCCUGUAUGUAUAUCUAUCUAUCUUUGUAUAUUUACAGAUGUCUGAAAUGUCUGUCAUUAGUUCAUUGGGGUGUGCGAUGACGAUACAAAUCACAACUUGAGAGAAGUUCAGCGUAGUAAAAGACCUUUCUGAAAUCAUUUUCAAUAAAUGUAGAUACGGCUACACUUUCAUCCAACAUUUUGGUGGAUUUUGCUUAAAGGGAUUGAAACACACAAAACACUUUUGUUUGAUUGCUGAGAUAGAGAGGAUUCAUACCACACUCGAAUUGUGGUUGUACCACAAACAUGAAGGUAAAAUCAGGCAGAAGCAGGAUGUUAGCUUAGCUUAGCAUGAGGCCAAGAAGCAGGGUUAAACUUUAAACCUGUCUUUAUCCAAUAAAAUGUAAAGCACUGUGUUUUCAGAUUUAACCAAUUCAACCAUGUCAUAAUUAGCAAGCUUGUUUUGACAGAGGUUAGCUGUUUCUUCCUGCUUUAGUUUUAACACUAACAUAAGCUAACCAUCUGCUAGCUUUAGCUGCGUGUGCAACAGACACAGAGUGAAAGUGUUAAUACGCCUCACAUUUAACUCCCUGCAACAGAAAUAUUCAGCUUUUUGUUUUACAUCGCUCUCAUUAUGAUAAUGUGAUAAGAAAUCAUAAAAGCAGUGAUUAGUCGACAGAGUUGGCCGACACAGGUACACACUGUGGGUUACAGAGCAGCUGCAUAGGGUGCAUUUGGAAAAAACAAAUUCACUGCUUGAUGAGGGUGCCACCUUAUGAUUGUAAAGACUGCACUACCAAUGUUAUUUCCUUUAAUUUCAUUCAUUCUUUUCAUUACUUGCGUCAUGAAUUAACAUGUUGGCCUAAGACAGAUUUGUUAAUUUCCUGUCAGCGGAUGACUUUCGGCCGCAUGACAUUUGGCUGAUAUUUUUUUUUUUUUCCAUCGCUCCUUAGAUCCAGUCUAACUGCAGUAAUCAGUAUUCCUUGGAAAUGGGCAAUGUAUCGAUGUCACACAUGCUUGAAAAUGCAAGUAUUGUCAACUUUUUUUUCCCAAUCUGUUUGGUUCAAUUGUUGCUGGUCUUUAUUUAGCACUAUUUGUUUUAAUUUUGAAUGUCAGCUGUCAUUUUCUGCUUAUUAAAUGUACAUACAAAUUUUACAUAAAUAUGGAAAAGUGAA